GCCACGGCGCGUAUUUUCCCACUGCUCGGAGCAGCAGACGAAUGUUCACAAGAAAACGCUCAACCCGGUGUUUGACGAGUGUUUCGAGUUCUCCGUCACGCAGGAGCAGUGCCAGGUGGAGGCCGCCAUGAUUGUGUUCACCGUAAUGGAUCACGACGUGCUGACGGCGAACGAUUUCGCGGGCGAAGCGUUCCUCGCCCUCACCAACAUUCCCGGCGUGGCGUCCAACUUCAACAUGAACAGCAUCGACAACUUUAACAGCCUGGCACCGAUCGAGCUGCCGUUGCUGGAGAUGAAGGAUAAAAAUCAUCCGAUACUGCAGAUCCUGGAGGGACGAGUGAACGAUAAGAAUGCGAUGGACUUUUUGCGCAAACAGAAAGCUCGUGUCGUGGGUUAGGCGGACACUUCCGUGGCCACGAGAUCAACCUUUUCGGCUUCAUAUUGUAACGUUUUCAACGAAUUACGACACAAUCAUCAACAUCAAUUACCACAGAACACACACCGUUUGCAGCUCACCUCUUCCGCUUCACCAAGAAAAGGAAAAAAAAAGUGCAGCACGAAAAAUGCUGCCAUCCUUUCUCACAUGCCCGCCGUUGGACAUCUUCACUAGCCAACUAUUGCCUUCCUGCACGUGUGUAGCGCACUUCAAACGAAACGAGUACUCGGGUGGGUGGUGUACUCGCAUACUUUAAGAUGAAGAUGAUGUACAUAUGGAGCUCCAGCCCCAGCAACUGAAAUGCAUGGCCGCAGAAACAGUUGCCACACAUCGGUGGCUAAUGGAUCGCGCGGUUCCAUUCCACUUAUUAGCACAAUCAUAGAAUGAUAAUCCAUCAGAAGCCGUACGGGCUGCACGGGUGCAGGUGUACGUCCUAGACGAACCUCAUACUAAUCGAAUCAUGCAAACACACCCUCUCCCUCUACUAAACCACCCUUUCUCUCCCUUCCUUCCACCCCCCCCCCCCCCCCCCCGUAGCACGCUCAUUGAUGAUAACAAGCAACAAACUACUACUAGCAGACUAUCGUAGCCUUUUUUCUAGCAAAAACUUUAUACAAUACAACGGUAGCUCUCGCGCGAUCUUCUUCUUCGAGUCCCAAGACGAAGGUGGAUGGAUGGAUGGAUGGAAGGAUCAAUCAUCAAUCAAUGAUAAAAGGAUCUCUCGCGUGAGAGCGUGUGUGUGAGAGGUAGUGUGUGCGCACGAGCGCCAAAGGAUGAGUGAACGGGCCACCAGAACAAACAGUAUUUUGUGAAUAUUCUAUUGCGACUCUAGACUCCUAGCGAACUGUAGAACCGUCGGACGGUCGGAUCGAAUGUGCUGCGUGCAUGUGUGUUCCAUGGGAGGUGCAUGGUUGAGUGUGUCUGUGUGCAUGUGUUUGAGUGCCAGCGAACGUUAACUUUUAAGCUGUAAAUUUUCACAAACUGCAGAUAUUUUCUUAUGAAUGAAUAAUGACCACUAGAAAGCCGCCGGACGCAUAACCACGCCACCGCCCGACGGUGGAAUGGUUUUUCAAUAUAUGAAACCGGCGCACAACUCUCUUCUCUCUCCCUCUCUCUCUCUCUCUCUCUCUCUCUCUGUCCUCUGUCUAUCCCUCUUCUCCUUCCUUAAUCCUUCUGUAACACCACUAACCUUGCCCUAUCACUAACCGGUCCGGGCUUCAAGAGGCCGCAGACCUUGACCACCAUUUUCUACUUCUCUCUCCUCCUCCUCCUCCUCCUCCUCCCCCUCCUCACUGUACAAACGGUACACAAUCUUAAGAUGAACUUUACCGUAGAGAAAACCUAGUGUCGAGAGUCGAGACAUCGAGCGAGUAUCGUAUCGGCUCCGUGUAGCUGUGUAGCUGUGACUGGUAAUUAAUGUGUGUGUUAUGUGCGUAGCAAAAGGUAGAACCAGGAAAGGAAAAGCGUGGCGAACGGUGGUUUUCCAUUUUCCUUUUCUAAGGUGCCAGGGCGUCUUAAGAGUAUCGGAAUUGUUUAGCAAGGAAUUGAGUCCAUCGUUUCCAGUGCAGAGAUACGCACUUGUUACUUGUUACGUUUUGUUAAUAUGUUUGCCGAAGUGAACGAUUGUAAAAGUGUUAUUCGAUUCGAUUCAGUGUUCAAUUCGCUUACCUCUCAUUGAAAUGGCGCGAUCGUAUUCUAGUGAUUCAUAUUGUUAUCUGAUUCUUCUACUCAAAAAAAAAAUCUGAACAUAAAGCGGGCGCCUUGCAUGUUACGCUGUCUACUUGCUUGCGAGCCAGUUGGCUAGAUUUCAAACAAUACGGGUAACCUAUCGUUUAGCUUUCUCCGCUCGAGUUUCCUCGGUUUCGCUGUUUGCGUUCAAAUGCGAUCAUUUUGCUAGAAUGAUAAAACUACAGAAAAAAAGCUCAUCAACUGCUCUUACUUUAAAACGAAGGGAUGUUCAACGCGGCAACAUACGCCGAAAGAAAACUAAUCACAAUCCAUACUCAACCACAGCAAACAGAUAGUAAAUGUCGAGCUUAGAUGUGCUAAACCAAUAAUAGCGACAACACUACAACAAGUAAAUCCCUUGGUGGCUUGUAAUGGGCUACCACGAUCUACGAGCCGCCGACUACGCUGCUCGCAGGAUCAAUGCACUGGAAACCGGCUUUACUCGUGAACUAAGCAGCACCCGCAGCAGCAGUAGGCAUUUGGAGGGUGUCGCGGUGGCAGUGAUUCGUUGAGAUAACGCGUACGGUUGUACAUUCACUAUCUCACUAUCACGGAUCCCAGAGUAUCACCUCCUAAUUAAGCUUUAAAGUGCGAGUGCGAGGCGCCGGCCCCUCUACGCGUUAACUCACUCGCAGCAGCAGCGCAACACUUUCAAACCAAACGAAAAACCAAAGCGAUAACUGAUAAGUAGUGUAUCAUUUCUCGAUGUACCUUAAGAAGCCGGAUGAACCGAUCGAUCGGUUCUCGAACGAUAGUGGAGGCGCCGGCCGGGCUUCUCUCCCUUCGCAUCCUUUCGCUCCAUAAAACGUGCCGCUGCGGCUUCGUUUUUAAUCAUGUUUUUAUCCAUGAACGGACUAUGCUGAUCGAACAAAGACAGGUUCUCUCGCCACGAUAGAAGGAUAAUGAGGCUUUGGACGAACGAAGGUGUGAUUUUGUAAUGAUAA